AUGCCUCAUGCAACCUCAAGUAAAAAAUCCGCUGAAUUAGAGCUCAAAGCUUCUUAUUUUAAUGAAUGGAAAUUUAUGCAUGCGAAAACAUCAAAUAAUUCAUCCAAUCAGAGCGACUUCAAUAAAAGUUCAACUUCAACUCUCUCAUUACUUUGUCGCGAAGCCUUUUAUUUGAACAAGAAAAAAGUUUUUGUCGUUCUUUCGUUAAAACAAAGAUGUAAUGAUUAA